AUGAAAUUUGUUGCACUAGUAUCAGGUGGUAAAGAUUCCUGUUACAAUAUUCUACAUUGUUUGAAAAAUGGUCAUGAGUUGAUUGCACUGGGAAAUUUACAUCCUCUUGAUAUAGAUGAACAGGAAUUGAAUAGUUAUAUGUUUCAGACAGUAGGUCAUGAUAUAGUAUCACUAUAUGAAAAGACAACUGAUGUCCCAUUAUACAAACAUUACAUUAGACCUCACUCUUCAAAAUAUCAAAAGUUAAAUUACGUAUCUACGAAAGAUGAUGAGAUUGAAAAUUUAUUUGAAUUACUUUCCAAGAUUAAAACACAGCAUCCUGAUUUAGAGGCUGUUAGUGUGGGUGCUAUACUUUCAUCAUACCAACGAACAAGAGUUGAAAAUGUAUCUAAUAGGUUAGGGUUAACUGUACUAAGUUACCUAUGGCAGAGAGAUCAAUCUGAUUUAAUGUCUGAAAUGUGUGAAGUUUCUAAACAAUCUGAGAAUGAAAAAUCUUCAAAGAUGGAUGCCAGAUUAAUUAAAGUCGCUGCUAUAGGAUUGAAUGAUACUCAUAUAAAUAUGUCUUUACCAGUUAUUUAUCCAAUAAUGAUGAAAUUAAACAAAAUGUACGAAGUUCACAUUUGCGGUGAAGGUGGGGAAUUUGAAACAAUGGUCUUAGAUGCUCCAUUUUUUAAAAAAGGUCAUCUAAAAAUAAUCUCCAGUGAACUGGACACCUCUGAUAAAAACAAUGGUGUUUACAGCACCAAGUUAAAUACUGAAUUUGUGGAAAGAGAAAUUUCUAAAGAAGAAUUUGAAGAAAACAUUCUUUUAGUCAAACAGCCGUUACUAUUAAAUGAAAAAUGGCAAUCAUUAAUCACUGCUUUAGAAAAUGAAACUUGUAAUACAAAAGUAGUACGCAAAAGGAAUGAGCAAGUCGAUCCAAAAUCUUUGGAAUUUCAUUAUAAUUUGUCAGUGAAUAAAGUUAAUAAUUUGAUGUACAUUUCAAAUAUAUUACCUACCACUCAAGAUACAUCUAUUGAAGUUCAAAUUAAAAGUUUAUUUCAACACUUAGAUAAAAUAUUAAUAGAAAAUAAUAUUAAACCAUCUCAGAUAUUAAGUUCAACAUUAUAUCUUUCAAAUAUACGUGACUUUGCAAAUGUAAACAAGGUUUAUAAUGAUUUUUUUGAUAUAGAGAAAAAUGGUCCAUUGCCUCCAUCGAGAGCUUGUGUAGAGACUCGUGAAUUUUUACCAACGGGCAACUUAUUGCAACUAUCAGUUAUAGUUGAUACUGAAGCAGAACUGAAAGAAUUUAGUUCCAGAGAUAACGAGACAAUGAUGAUAAAUGAAAGCAAAGAUGGAUUACAUGUUCAAGGUAUAUCAUACUGGGCACCAUGCAAUAUUGGACCAUAUUCACAAGCAAUUUGGAAAAAUAAUGAUAGAAAUAUGGUAAGCUAUAUAAGUGGACAAAUAGCAUUAAUACCACAGUCCAUGACUAUUGUUGGCAGUGAUGAAAAAAUUCUCCAAAGUAUAUUAUCCUUAAAACAUUUCAAUACCAUAAAGGAAACUAUUGUUGCAGAAAAAUCUCUACAAAUGAAAUGUUUUAUCUCCGAUAUUGAUAUGGUCCCUAUCGUCUCAAGAACUUGGGAUUUAUACUGUUCAAAAAUGUCUUACGAAUCUGAACUGUGGUCAGAUAAAGAAGAUGACAAUUUGGAAUGCUUAAUUAUUAUCAAAGUAUCCAACUUACCAAGAGAUGCUCUCUGCGAAUGGGGAGGUGUUGCUUACAAAGUGGAAACACUGACAGAUGAUCUAGACUGUGAUUCAGAUUCUGAGGAUAUGUCAGAACUUGCUCAAAAAUUUAGAAGUACUGUUACAUUUGAUAACAGUGAAUUGCUUUUGAAGACAAUCAACAUUAAACAUAAUGAAAGCGUAAGAGCAUACUCGACUAUUUUCAUUGAUUCAUUACAUAAUCUCUCAGCAAUGAUAAGAGAACUUACAGAGAAAGGAUCCCAAAUUGAACUGUACUAUGAAUUGUCAACUAUUAAUUUUGAAUUUCUUGAUAUAGUGAAAAAUUCAGGAAACAUAGCUUUUAAUCCAGUUGAAUCAAUUUUCGAUUAUAACGGUAACAUGCAUAGAUUCGCGGUCCAUGCUACUUCAUAG